AUGCCCGUGUCGUCGAGAAACAGGCUCGAGGACGAUUGUGCAUCCCGGACGAUUGCGGAAUUGAGUUGUGACGCAUUCGCAGCACAAGUUGGACGAUACUUGAAGCAGGUUCGACAAGAUGUGAUUGCGCCCGUGUGGUUUCACUUCGAAGGACGAAACAUGGAGACCGUGAGAAACAUGAUGCUCCACAUUCGAGAACAUGUGCCCCAAGCGAAGAUUUCGGUCGAGAUUGAGUUCCCAAGAUAUCCCUGGAGUCUUGCGAAGACACUGGCGUCAUUUGCAGAUUAUGUGUUCAUGUCCAAGGAUUAUCUUCGCGACAACAUCCAAAUUUCCACUGCUGGAGAAUUUUUCGAAGGGAUUCAGGAAAAACAAUGGGGCGAGGACUGGAGUCGAUGGACAAGGUUGGAAGAAGUUAACUGUUGUGUGUUGAAUUUUGUCCAUGAAGCUGAGGCUGGAACAAGCUACAUAGUGCAAGACUGCAAUGAGCAAAUUAGUGCUGGCUCAGCUUCGACGUCGACAUCACAUGUCGUGAGCUCUGAAGUGGGGUUGGAACUGCAACGAGUAGAGCACCUUACUCGACCAGAUACAGACGUAUUCGCUGUGCCCCUUUUGCCAACGAUUGUGGAAGACAACGAUGGAGAUAUCAUUGUGCCUCGACGUCAAGUAAGCAAGCGUCGAAGGUCUAGUAGGACGAUGCCAGCUUCAGAUAAAACCUCAGCUGGAUCAUGGGAACAUGCUAAUCGAGGCACGGACACAACCUUCAUUUUGGAAGCGCGUAGUCGUACAACAUGGGACACUGCAGGCACACAGCUAUGGCGAGCGGCAUUUCUACUGGCCGAUUUCAUGUACAGUGCAUCGAGAGACAUCCGACCUCGCUUGUUGAACUGGGACGAUAGCAGGUUGAUAUCAAUCGCUGAAAAACCCUCUACGACUGGGUUCGACUGGCUUUCCACCGACCGAGCCGAGUUGGGAGACUUAGCGAUCAUCAUCGCCAGCCACCAGCUAGACCUGAAACACCCCACGAUCUCGCGGAAUUCCCGCUUCCUGACUCGAGUCCAGUUGGCGUUGUCGAAGCUGCAUUUAACCACGAACUUAGCGUUGUUUCCAGUCGCUUGA